AUGAGGGAGGCAGCACAGCCGAGCCCCAGGGCUACCGAGGCCCGCGCCGUGCUGGCGCGGAAAGGCAGCGGCCUGCGGCGGCGGACCCGCGGCACGCCCGACCGUCAGAACUCAGGAGGUGGGCUCAACGGGAAGGAAACGCUGCUGAUCGACCAGCCCCCGGCCUCCAAGUACCGCUCCUUCCGCACCCGCUUCAUCUCUUCCAUCGUCCUCAUCGCCUCCUUCCUCACCAUCAUCUGGGCGGGGCACGUGCCCCUGAUGUUCAUGACCAUGAUGGUGAAGGAGCUCUUCACGCUGGCGCGCCACGCCCAGGCCGAGCGCAAGCUGCCCGGCUUCCGUGCCCAGCAGUGGUUCUUCUUCUGCGUGGCCGCCUUCUGGAGCUACGUCAGGUUCAUCAAGAACAACCUUGUGGUGGAAAUCACCUCCUCCGCCCGCCUCGCCCGCAUGUUUGGCUGGCUGCUCAAGCGCCACACCAUCGUGUCCUUCUACCUGUACUGCGCCGGCUUUGUGAGCUUCGUGCUGACACUGAAGAAGGGGCGGUACACGUACCAGUUCGGGCAGUACGCGUGGACACACAUGAUCCUCAUGGUCGUCUUCAUGCCCUCCUCCUUCUUCGUGUCCCUGCUGUUUGAGGGCAUCAUCUGGUUCCUGCUGCCCACGGCGCUGGUCAUCGUGAACGACAUCAUGGCGUACCUGGCGGGCUUCUUUUUCGGCCGCACCCCGCUGAUCAAGCUGUCCCCCAAGAAGACGUGGGAGGGCUUCCUCGGGGGCUGCGUCGGCACAGGCACGCCGCGGCUGGCCGGAGCUGCCUGCUGCCACCCGCGAGGCGCUGCUGCAGCAGUCCCAGGGGGCAGGGAGCGGAGGGUGGUGGCCGCCUGGUAUGGCGCCCUCCUCAUGUCCCAGUUCAAAUGGUUCAUCGGCCCGCGCACGGACCUGUCCAUUUGGAAGCCCAUGCCGUGCGCCGAGGUGCCCGAAACCUUCCGGCCCCACACCUUCCGACUGGCGGACGUGCUUGUGAGCCUGGGGGACGAUGCCAACCCCGCCCUCAACGACCUGGUGUACAGCGUUGGCGCCCUGCUGCCGCCCCGCCUGCGCGCCGCCAUCGCCGCCUUCUCCUUCACAUGCCUCCCCAUGCAGCUGCACGCGGUCUCCCUGGCCAUGUUUGCCUCCUUCAUCGCCCCCUUUGGCGGCUUCUUCGCCUCGGGCUUCAAGCGCGGCUUCAAGAUCAAAGACUUUGGGGACUCCAUCCCAGGGCACGGUGGCGUGACAGACCGCUUCGACUGCCAGGUGGUGAUGGCGGUGUUUGCCUACAUCUACUACAACAACUACGUGGCCCCCAGCAGCGCCUCUGUGGGCACCGUCAUGAGCGCGGCACUGAAGCUGACGCCGCUGCAGCAGGCGCGUGCCGCGUGUGUGCACCUGGAGGUGCUGGAGCGGCUCAGCAACGUGCUGCAGAGCCAGCAGAUGCUGGCGCCGGCGCUGGGCGGCGCGAUAGCCAAGGCGGCCAGCGCGGCGAUGGGAAGAUGA